AUGGAAAAUAUACUCGCUGUGUACCAGAAUAAUCGACUACUAGUCCUCGCCGGGCUUGUGCUCGUUGUUGUAAUUUUGAUAUCAUGGCUCAAGAGAGACGGCCGGCUGGACUCCAUCCGUGGCCCGAAGGGAAGAUAUCCUGUGAUUGGUAUUGGCCUGAGCCUUCCUCCUUCUUCGCCGUCUAUCUUUCGGCAGUGGGCUGCUGAGUAUGGAGAGGUCUUCAAGAUCAAAGUUGGGUGGUACCAUUGGAUUGUUGUCAACACUCCCGAAGCUAUGAGGGAGAUAUUUGACAAACAAUCCCUCCAUACAUCAUCCAAGCCCCCAGCUCCAAUCGGAGAUGACAUAGUCAUGGGUGGCCUGCGCAUGUUCACAAUGCCCUACGGACCCAAAUGGCGCACAUACCGUGCCAUCGUGCAUCAGCUCGUGUCGCCCAAAAUGACAGAGACCUUCAUCCCAACACAAGAGUACGAGACUAAGCAGCUGCUAUACGAGCUCGCGUUCAAAAAUGACAACCAGCGCGACUUCUACUUCCACACGCGACGUUUCUCAUUUAGCAUUAUCAUGACCUCCAGCUACGGCACGCGCAUCAAUCGGUGGGACCAUGAGGACGUCCUAUAUGCAAUGAAGAGUGCCAAGCUCAUCGGACAAGUCUCUCGCGCGGGCGCCUUCGUUGAGGAUGAGCUCCCCCCGCUGGCCAGGUUGCCCACAUGGUUGCAGCCUAGUCGGAAGAAGGCAGUGGAAUAUUCCAAGCCGAUCUUGGAGGCCAAAAUGCGACUGUGGAACCGACUCAAGAAGCAGCUAGUCGCUGGCCAGGCACCGACCUGUUACGGCCGAGAGAUCAUGGAAAGUGACUACCAGGCACGAGGUCUGACCGAUGCCGACGGGGCAUGGAUCGCCGGGGGGAUUGUAGAGGCGGGCUCGGAGACCUCCUCCGUCACAAUGAACAAUCUUAUCCUCCAACUAGCAGCGAACCCAAAGGUCCAACAACGGGCCCACGAGGAGCUAAUGCGCGUGGUCGGCCCCAACCGGACUCCCACCUUUACAGAUGUGUCCAAACUAUCUUACAUCCGGGCAAUUGUCAAAGAAAUCCUGCGCUUUUGCCCUGUCCCCAUUUGGGGCAUCAAGCACUACGCCGACGCAGACAUUGUAUACAAGUCGCACGUCAUCCCCAAAGGAACGGUGCUGCUUGCAAAUCCGAGCGCCAUCCACUUCGAUCCUGAGCGAUACGACGAGCCAUUCCGGUUCAAGCCCGAACGCUACCUGGACCAUCCGCUCUAUAGCGCCGACUAUGCGGCCCAAAGUGACCCGUACAAACGAGACCAUUUUACUUUUGGCGUUGGACGGCGCAUCUGCCCUGGGGCACGAUUGGCAGAGAACACGCUCACAAUCGCGCUAUCGAAUAUCCUGUGGGCCUUUGAGAUCCGGCCCCCAAUGGUUGAUGGCGCAGAGGCGAUGGGGAUGGAUGUCAGCGAGCAUGCGUGGGACGAUACUGCGUUCAGGCCGCCUAAGCCAUUUGCGGCGCGAUUCGUUCCUCGGAACGAGAACACUUUGGCCAUUGUUAAGGAACAGUGGGAGAAGGCCAUGCAGGAGGGAUAUGUGCUGAGAGGCAUGACGGUGGAUGUCAAUGGGAUUGUAAAUAAAAGGUAG